AUGUAAGUCAUAUAUUUUUAUAUUAAAUUCACUCCUGCAUAAAUAAGAAGAAUACACAAGAAAUUCUAGUAACUUGAUACUAAUAAUAAAGGAUUUGUAAGUGCAACAGAUUUUAUUAAAAUUAUACAACAUCAUAAAUAUAGUCCAUUGUUAAUUUAAUAGUUGAUUGGUAGGAAAUAAUAAGAGAUUGAUUUCAUUUCAUUAGUCAGAUUAUUAAAUGCUAUUUAAUUUGGAGAUAAAAAUACUUUAUUAACAAAAAUUAUUGAUCAAGAUAGAGAUGGAUUAAUUGGUACAGAAGAUAUUUAAAAAACAAUAACAGUUUUAAAUCCUAGUUGUUUUAAAAAUUCUUAUGAAUUAGCACAAUAGAUAGUUAAUGAUAAUGAAAAACUUACUUAUAAUAAAAUGAUUAAAUUAUUGAUCGAUGAUUGA